AUGAAGAGGCUUUUGAGGGGCUCGUCGAGCCGAAGUUCUAAGGAGAAAAAAAAGGAAGAAGAACAGAAGCCCAAAUUUAAUCUGCCUCGUAUCGUGGAGGUCCGGCUGUGUGAAUGGCCUUCCGAUGACUUCUUGAGGAGUGCCGGGAUUUAUGAAGAUUUAUAUCUAUUGAUUGAGAACGCCGGCCUCACCAACUUCCUCCGCGACCAACAUGAGCAAAUUUCUAAGUCUAGAGAAAGAGAAAUUAGUGAACCUGAACAGGAUGAUGUUAGUGAUGAUGAACCUAUGCCUGUUAUUCCUGAGGGUUAUCUUUUUAAUAAUGAAUCUUAUGAAGCUAUUCUUGCUUGUCCGGAUAAACCUGAACGUAAGAGCGAGCAUAGGGCAGGAUCUGUCCAGUACUCAGACACAAAAGACUUUGGUGAUAACGACGCCAGCAGUACAGGUGCUUCAUCAGACAGAGGACCAAAGAAGAAACGUGGAAAAGCUACGGGGUCUGUCAAAGGCGGAGCAGUUGAGAAGGAUGAUGAUGAAGAAAUCAUCCCUGUAAAGGGCAAGAAAGCUCAUAGGAAAAACAAGGACACUGGUUCUUCAGGUGAUGCGAAGCGCGGUGGUAAAAAGGCACCAGAGAAACCAAAAGAGGAGAACACAAAUAUCUUCCCCGAUGAGUUGAUAGAGCAAAAGGUUUUGGCUGUUGCUCCAGAGUUAGAAGAGUUGGGAGGCUCAGACGACUUAAAUGGCCCAAUUAAAUUAUUGUCCUCUCACCUGAGGCCAAUGCUUAUUGAUGCAUGGAAGAAGAAAAGGAACACCAUGCUGUCAGAAAACGCUGAAAGGAGGCGAAGUGUACUUGAUAAUCUGCAAAAGCAGCUAGAUGAGGCUGUCCUUGAUAUGCAACUCUAUGAAAAAGCUCUAGAUGUGUUUGAGGAUGAUCCUGCUACCUCUGGCAUAUUACACAAGCAUCUGCUAAGAACUAUGGGUACUCCAAUAGUCGACAAGAUUUUAUCUAGUCUGGAUAGGGACAACAAAUUGAAGAAUGGAAUGGAGUAUGAAGACAGUGAAGAACAGCAUGCUCAGCUGAGCACUACUGACCGCACUUUUCUGGCAAAGGAUCUUCCUGGGCAAUUGUCAUCGAAGGCUCAAGCUUUAGUUGAAGCACUGGAGGGAAAGCGGUUUGACUCAUUUAUGGACGCCUUAAGAGAUACAGCAGAGGAAAGUGGCUUGUUAUUUAAGAAGCUUGAUAAAAGACUUGAGCGAUCAAUGCUGCAUUCCUACCGCAAGGAUUUGAUAGCACAAGUUUCUUCAGAGACUGAUCCAGUUUCCUUCCUCCCAAAAGUCGUUGCUCUACUUUUUCUCCAGGCACACAACAAGGGUCUUCAGGCACCUGGAAGAGCUGUUGGUGCUGUCAUCACAUUACUGAAGGACAAGCUACCAGCUUCAACCUUCAAGGUUUUAACUGAAUAUCACGCCACUACCGUGAAAGUUCUCGCACUACAAGCUGCUGCCACGGGUGAUGAAGACGAUUGUGCAUCGGACCGAAUGCUGGAGAAGAAGGAAGACCUAGAAGAGAGGCUGAUGCCAGAACUCAAAUCCCUGGCCCUCGGCACGAGCAAAGAGUGAGCAGCAAACAUUGUGUGCGUGCAUGGUACGCCAUGCCCUAUUGUAAAUACACAGACCUCUCUAUCUAUCAUCAGCUAGGGAUGCAAGCAGCCACCCUGCGAUACUUGGUCUACUUAGCGCACUCAUCAAGUGAAUCUAGCGUAGUAUGUGGGUUGCAUGUUUGCACCGUGAGCUCAUUUGUUGCCCUCUGGCUUCGCAAUUUCUGAAGGAAAGGGAUCCAUGUGUAAUACACCGUGUACAUUCUAGGGGGUCAUGUGACAGCAGAAUCAACUUAAUUUUUGACGAGCAACCAAA